AUGUCAAUAAAUCUCGAUUCAAUUCCAGCCCCGAUCAAGAAGGAUAAUAACAUUACUCCAUUUAUUGCAAGAGCCUUGGAGCUACAGUCAGUGCAUCCCGUUGUAAGCUACUACUGUAAGGUAUACGUUCUUGAGUAUAUCCUCUCCAACAGACUCCACACCACUGAUAAAGAGAUAGAGGCCUUCACAAUUGCCUUGCUUGAAGAUACUGAGCUGAUCAAAAAUUCACUCGAUGAUGAAGAUCUCCACAAGAUCCUAACCAAUAGACAGCUUUCAUUGAAUGUCGUAUUUGCUUUCGUGUUUAAGUUGUUUCUAAGUUCACUCGAGGACAUCUCGAACUAUGAUAGCUCCAAUAAGAUCCAGCUUGCUGGUAAACUCAGGGCAGCAAUCAAUUUCAUGACAUCGCUUAAGGUUUUCACUGGCGAGGGAGAUGAGUCGCUUGACUUCAGCGAAACAACUGGUGGCAAGUGUGAAAGCAAGGGCGAGUUUGUCGCUUUCAUUAAAGACAAGACUAAAGUGCUCAAGUACCAAUUGAGCAGACUUAUCAAGAAUGAGAUUCCCUUAAAGGGAGAGGAUGAAGAGCUUGCAAAACUAGAGGAGAAAGUGGACGAGUCUACCAAGCCAAACGAAAAUGCUAAUGAGGUUGUAACCUCCCUUAUUAACGAAGAUCCAGCACUUGAUAUCGAGAAUUGCAGCUCUCCUCAAGCUUACACGCCUCACGAUGAAAACCCUCUUCAUCUUCCUGGAGCGCCAAAGUACGAGCCAGGACAAGAUGCAGAUGAUGACGACGAGGUCAAGUUGCCGGGAGCUCCAAAGUUCUUACCUGACGAUGAUUUAUCACAGAUUAACAAAGACUCGUCCAUCAAGGUAUUUACCCCAAACCAACGGCCCCAUGAACACGAAGAGACACCUACGAAGCCUACAAACUCUCGGUCUGCUUCGGCAAAUUUGACUAGACAACACGAGCCCAUCACGAAGGAAAAUCUUCAAACCAUAUUAAAUACCGGCGAGAACAUUACAAAGGUUCAGAAACAUGCAAAGUUCGCUAUAUCUGCACUCAAUUAUGAAGAUAUUGAAACUGCCGAGAAGGAACUUCUUCAAGGCCUCGAGGUCCUACGUCUCAUCAAGGAAAAUAAGGAAACCUGA